AUGUCGACUGCAAAUGGCAGACCGCGACGUCCCGUCUCAAGAGCCGAUUUCCCGCUUGCCAUCAUUUGCGCCCUCUCUUUCGAAGCCGAUGCGAUAGAAGCCCCUUUUGAUCCUUUUGAUGAACAUUGGGACUGUAACGUGUACAGCAAAGUUCCCGGCGACCCCAAUCCCUACUCAACAGGACGCAUCGGCCGCCAUAAUGUCGUACUCGCCUACAUGCCCGAAGCAGGAAAGGCUAACGGAGCCGCUGUCGCGACCAAUUGCCGCUUAAGCUUCCCCCAUGUCAAAUUGGCCAUCGUCGUCCGGAUCUGUGGAGCAGUCCCCUUCAGCCCUGGACCUCGAGAUGCACACCACGAGAUUAUACUAGGCGAUGUUAUCGUCAGCCAAAGCGUUGUCCAGUAUGACUUGGGGCAGCAAUAUUCUGACAGCUUUGAGUAUAAAGACGCCAAUGCAGAGGCUCUUGGGAGACCCAACAUUGAGAUUCGGUCCCUGCUUUCGAAGCUGAAGAGCCUCCGAGCUCGAAGAGCAUUCGAAUCCGACGUGACAAGUUUCCUCGCCCUCCUGCAGGAAGAUCUAGAACUGGCAGCGCAUUACCCUGAACCCGGUACAGAUCGCCUAUACGAGGCUACCUACCGACAUAUCGACAAAGACAUGCCGUGUGAUAAAUGCGGCUGCAAUGGAAAGCUUGUGCUGUGGGAACGGCUGAGACAGGGAGUGCCAGAGCCCAAAGUACAUUUUGGAAGAAUUGCCUCAGGCGACACGGUCAUGAAGUCUGGACAGAAUCGCGACGAUAUCGCAAGAAAACUUGGCGUCAUUGCAUUCGAAAUGGAGAGUGCUGGCGUUUGGGACAGCCUACCAUGCUUGGUUGUCAAGGGCGCUUGCGACUAUGCCGAUAGCCAUAAAGCUCAAGCUACUCAGAACUACGCUGCAGCGACUGCCGCUGCGUGCAACAAAGCUAUUCUGCAUCAUUGGAUGGUUCCAACCUGUCAUGAUCCAGCUGGAGAGGAAAACUUGCCUCACUUCUUGGUCCCUUUCCCACCAAAUGAAGACUUUGUUGGCCGACAGGACAUUCUUGACGACUUGCGUCGACAACUAAGCCCUGAAAAGUCCUACGCUCUCGCAGCCCUCUUCGGCUUAGGAGGGGUAGGAAAAACACAAAUCGCUCUGGCCUACGUACACCAACUACACGCCCAGAGUCUAGACGAUUCCGUCUUUUGGAUAUACGCAAGCAACGAAGAACGCAUGCGACAGUCAUGUGUCGCUAUUAUGGAACAGCUCAAGGUUCCCCACAGCGAAGGCGAAUCGGAUGUUCUCGAGCUGAUGAAACAAUGGUUAGAAGCCGAGCAUCACAAACCGUGGCUUAUGGUCAUCGACAACGUCGACGAUCUAGACCUUUUCUAUGGGACUGGUGGUCUUAGCCGAUAUCUUCCAGCCUGUGCUCAAGGCAAGUUGCUUAUCACCACAAGAAAUCGGCAAGUAGCUGUACGAGCUACCAAAGGUCGGGGCUUCAUCAAGUAUUGCAUAUGA